UUUCAACCAUUUGUGGGAAUUAUUCUGAAAGGAUUGUUUAAUAAUUUAUAGUGCUCCUAUAAACAAUGUUGUUCAAGUGGUCAAGCGAAAUGUUAGAUGCUUUCACCACAGGGACAGCAAGAAAAGGAUGAACACAUUGCGGAUAUAUCAUAGGUCUGCGAUUAACGCAGGAAUAACGAAGGAGUACAUUUCAUAUGAAGGAAUUUCGCUGCCUGGAACAUCUCCGACCCCAGGACCAGACAGUAGAUCACUUAACUUCGGAAAAGAAUGUACAGAUGUCGUUCUUUCAAAGGAUCGUGAAUUUGCCACCGAAAAUGAGACGUUGACAAUGAUCUGCUCCACCGGGUCAGGCUAUGAAUUUGUUAGUUUCUUAAACGAAACAACUACCAUUGGAAGUAUCGUUUAUACUGACGGUAUUUGUCACACGAACAUUAAAACAGCCAACUGUUCCUGUGUGAACGUCACCACCUACACGUGUACAACAAACACUCUGACUAGAUUGAAUAAUAAUGAACCAUGGCGAUGUAGAGCAACGCGGAAUGGCAUUGGAAUAUAUAGCAAUGAAGUUUCUAUCGUUGUAAAAGUACCAAUCAAAACGGUCUCAAUAAGCCCAGACAUUCUGGAUUCAAUCACAAUUAGCGAAGGGAAUGCACUUCGGCUAACAUGCGAGGCAGCAAACGGUUUACCUUUUGCAAAUAUCAGCUGGUACCUGGGCAAUAAAACAAAUGGUUUCCACGACGAUUAUUAUAUUUUAAAGUCUUCGAAAAGAGAGGUUUUUGUGAAUACUGAUAGAACUCUGACCACUAAGAGCACUCUGACACACACUGUAAGUAGGACAGAAGACGGCAUGGAUGUUUAUUGCAAUGCAAGUAAUGGAGAAAACCACCAAGUAUCAAGCCAAACGAUUCAUCUUAAUAUUGAAUAUCAUCCAGGCAUACCUACCUUCAAAUUCAAAUCGAGUAGCAUCGCUAUAACGGCAAGGAGCAUUUCGGUAAUAAGGAACGAAGAAAUCAGUAUUGCGUGCAUCACUGAUGGAAACCCACCACCAUCUUACACGUGGUCAACAGGCCAUGAUGGGCAAAUCAUCACCUCAGCAUUUGACAGAGAUACUAACCUUACGUGUGAAGUUUCUAGCUCAUUAUAUACAACUGGCGCCAAUAGUACACAAUCUACGACCGUUUCAAAUCGUCUUCAAAUAAAAGUUUUGUAUCCUCCAGAUAUUCCUGUCUUAUGGGCUAAUUCAACUUGCAUGAAAAACAUUACGUUCGAACAAAACGUUCUACAAGUAUUAGAACUUGAUCGGGUGAAUGUGAAAUGUGUUGCGGCUGGAAUUCCGGACCCUAAAUGUCAAUGGACCAAUCGUUCACAAUCGUGUACACUCGAUAUUUACAAGGUCUCUAAAGAUGAUGCAGGAACCUAUGUUUGCCAUGCUUCCAACACAAUGAACACGUCAUACGGAAGUUCGGUGGUGGGACGAAAUGCUUCAUCGUUUUAUCUUGAUAUAUUGUAUCCACCGAAAAUAGCAAACAUUCACACAAAAGUUGAGGUCAUUGAAGGUGUUAAUUUAAGUUUAAUUUGUAACACGGAACCGGGAAACCCAAGUGAAACGUCAUAUUCUUGGACAAGUACACAUCAGCCUGAAAGAAAUACAUUUGAUCAAUAUCUUAACAUACAUAACAUAACUCGAACCGACGAAGGUGUAUUUACUUGUUUUGUGAAAAAUAGAAUGUACCCAACUGGAUGUCAUGAAGUACAAGGAAGCGAUAUGGAAUACGUUUAUGUGGAUGUCCAGUAUAAGGCUUCAAUCAAAACGUUUGCUGUUCUAAAUGAUACUGUUUAUCAUGGGGAUCAAUUUAUGCUUUCUUGUGAAGUAGAUAGUGAUCCACCUUCUGACAUCAGCAUUUCAUCACCAACUGGAUCCAUUCUUAAUUUUACCCAUAGAAAUAUUGAAUUAAAUUACUACAAGAACAGUUCGUGCUUAGACGACACUGGCCAGUUUACGUGUGUGUCUAACAACAGGCACAAUUAUGAUAAACCCGACAGGAGAAACGUUACAGUUAACGUCAAAUGUCCACCCAUGUAUAGGCAUAAUGAACAGCCAACUACAGUCGUGACUACCACUCUCGGGGGGAAGGCUGUGCUAUACUUUGCAGUAUUUUCGAACCCUUACCCAAGAUCUAUCAUAUGGAGAAACCUUACAAAACAUACUAUUCUCGCAACUGAUGAUGACGUAUCGGCCAGAGUGACCAUCAAUACCACGGAUGACAACUUAACAUCUGUCGUCACAAUAACUAAUGUUGGAAAUUGGGACUCAGGCGAUUACUCUGUAAUUGCGGAAAACGAGUUUGGGAUUUUACGAGAAACGUUCCGAAUAUCAAUAGAUGAUCACCCUGGACUUGAUGGUAAUACGUUAACCUCAUCAAUUUUUGACAAUGCAACUGGACCAGUGGUAGGAGUCACAAUCGGCGCUGUGUGUUUUGUGGUGAUUGUAGCGGUGCUAAUUGCGAUUUUUGUUUAUAGAAAACGGCAAAGUGGAAACGAAAAUGACAGACUGAGGGAGGAAAAUGGUUUAAAAGAUGAUUCUCGAUACGACGAUAUUGCCAUGGUUGACAUAAAAAGUCCUAACGAAUAUAAUCAACUUGACUUCCGGAGUAGAAUGGAAAACAAUGGUAUGCACACACCAACUAAGGAUAGCGCUGUGUACGAAAAUAUGAAACUGACAUCAACAAAAAGCAAUGCAUUAACAUGAACUCACGUUUUACGAAAGGGAUGUACAGAUAUGCCAUUUUUUAACGGGGGCUUUUUAAAUGCUUGGAAUUGUGCUUGUAUCAUGCGGUGUGAAAUUAAUUUCAAUUUGAAAACUAAUUCAUUGUUAAUGAAAAUGCAAUUCCUUUCUGUCAAAUUCCUUCCUACGGUAUCUUAAAUGCUUUUUAGAAAGUUUGCCUGUCCAAUUCAAAUUUAUUGUACUAAAGGCAGAAUGGGUUAGUGGGUACUUAGAGGGUACUUUACUAAGAUACGUUACAAAUGGAAUUCAAAGUAAUAUUAAUCAUACCUUUUUAGUAAAAUAAUCGACCAAAUGAUUCCGUAAAACUUAGUAUGUAUUAGUUAUGAAGAUGAAAUACACAUUGGAAGCAGCAUAUGUAACACGCUCUGGAUAAACGAAAUAAACACCCUGCUGUUGAAGUGUACUUUCGAGGGUAUUAUCUAGUGAUAUCAUUUUUACAAUAAUACACGACUGUAAAUGGUGUAUAUUGACACACUGAAAUAUAGUAAAUCAACAAAGACAUAUGCAGUACGAAUUAAAGUUAAAUGCUAUCAUAAAAUACAUAAAUAUCAACAUAUUUUAAUAACUGAUGACAUCUUAUUAUGAUAUCGAAGAAAUGUAACAUUAUCCUGGCAUAUCAAAGUAGUCUUGACUAUUCAGGUUUGAAAUUGACUCAAUUGACUGGAUUGAGUGAAAUACAAAAUCGCUCCUUAGUAGUUACAUAAACGGUUUCUAUGUAUGGUUUACACGGCUAGCAUCAUUUCUCGCAUACCGCUCAAACGAUGAUUCCAAACACACACACACAGCAAGUACUGAACCAUGCUGUAAUUUUACAAAAUGUGCACAUGCUUAUGGAAUAAGUUACUAUUACAGACGACAUAUACAUUUCAGAAUGAAAAUACUAGUGAUGGGCAUUCGGCUUGGAUUUUCAUAAUCGAUCAAUCGGAGACCCUGAUCGAUCGAUUAUCCGAUUAAUCGGCUGUAAUCGGACAGUAUCACAAAAACAUCAUUUUCUGAUGUAUAUAUCAAUAAGGACCUUAGUUUUUAUGUGUAUUUCAUUUCUUAUGCUUCAGUCAGAAAACAGGUAUGAUUUCUGGCAUAUUGAAUAAUUCUAAAACAUAUUAAAAAAAGAUUCCAAGGUUUAUUAAGUAAGGGAACAUUUCAUGGUGAGGUUUGCUUAAGAUGACAAAUAAAUUAAUAUUAUACAAAUAUUAUAUAUUUAUAAUUAUUACAUUAUUAGGGUAAUCAAAUAUUUUUAGAUCGCUGUCCCCCCUGGCCGUCCGCCAUCAUAAAGCGAUUUGAACGCAAAGAAAAACUAAAUGAAAGUACUGUUAAAACUCAAAGUAUCGUUACUUCCCUUAGCUCUAAGUUACUGCGCUAUAUUAAGUUGAAAAUUUGAUGGAUUCAAGCAAACCUUUUUUUUUAUUAUUCGAUUAUGGAACGAUGAGGAGGUCGCCGAUCGCCAAAUAACGAAUGUCUGCCGAUAUAAUCGAUUAUCGGCGAUCAUCGGCCCAUCACUAGAUAAUACCAUGAAAGACAAGCGCAAAAAAAACAAGAUGUAGUUCUAUCGACAAUGCCGUAUUAACUAAGUGACAAUAUUUUUCGUAAACUGGUGGUCUGCUUUUAGUAUAUACUUUAUAAUAUCUAUAUAAUAAGAGAAGCUAUAUUUUCCAACUCUUUGGAAUAAGAUAACUACUUCCUUCGACACAUAAGACAGCACACACUAAAAAAACUAAACCAAACCAUAAUACUGUAAAGUAUUACUGGUAUAAAACUAACAAAUCAAUCGCUUACGAUUACAUAUUACAAACAUAUACACUGACAAAUAGUUGGAAUUUACUUAUAAUGUAAGGAUUUCAAAUUUUAAAUCGAUAUUCAAACCAUCUAAUGAACCACCGGAAAACUCAAAUAUUGCUUAUCAAAAUCAUGUUGCAUGCGGGCAUGGAUAUUUAUAAGCCUGUUCAUUUGAUGAUUACUGUAGUUAAUCUGUAAAAGUAUACUUUGGUUUUGACUCAAUAUUUCGUUUUAUAGACAAAUGCAAAGAAAAGAAAAAUAUGGUGCUAAAAUGAUAAAAGACCAUUUUAUUAAAGAAAUUAUAAUAACUAAACAACAAGAAAAAGGAUUUAAAAAGUUACAUAUGUGCACAUUGGUUAAAAGAAAUACACACAAUCGGAUUUUGAAAGUGACGCUUUUAGGUCUGUUUGAGACCAUUUCCGUGCUGCAGGAAAUACAGAGGAUCUGCACAAAGUUUGUGUAAAAUGUCGGUUAGGUAACUAAACAUAUUACAGUAGUAGUUCAUAAAUUGCAUGGGUAUGAUAGCCACUUUAUCGUGCAGUAAAAUAAUGCAGAAAAAUAAAAACAACAAUAAGAAAAUUGAAAUAUAAUUAGCUUACUUAAAACAGUUGGAACAUGCUGGUGAUUUAAUAAAACUAAUAAAAUUAAAAAAGAAAAAGGGAAACAAAAUACUUAACGUAAUUACAAACAACAUGGAAAGGUACAUGGCAUUCAUGGUAAGUAAUUUGAAAUUAUUUUACAGUUGACAAAUUUGUGCCUAUCAACCGUCACAAAUUUAGGUAAUAAUUUACCUUUAGAGGCAUUUUGUUUCACAAGGCAAUGCUUUCCAGAUAACUUUGAAUUAAUGAAUAGAAAAGGAGUUUGCCUUAUGAUUACAUGAAUGAUUUUAAACGAUUUAAUGAGUCUUCUUUACUACCAAAUGAUCGGUUUUUAUCUUCAAAUCACAGAUUAUGAUAUAUAUAUGAUGAUGAUAAAAACAUACAGAACCGGAUGGUCUUUAUUAGCGGAAGUAUUUCAGGAAAAUUUAAAAUCCUGAAUUGAGUACUACAACGAAGAUCCUAGUCAUUAUUUUAGUUCUAAUGGACUUACUUCGGAGCUGUGUCUUACAAUGACAAAGUGAACUAUGUUACUCUUAGUGCAAUUACUGGUCAUAUCAUUGCUAUAACACAUAUCAAGGUAAGCAUUUACAAAAGUUAGAGCUGAGCAAGGAAAACUAGAAUCCUUAAUUAUUCUACCAUCUGAGGUUGAGGAUGCAAUUAACUGUCUCUCGACAGGUAAAGCAUCGUGCCUAGAUGGCAUUAAUAACCGUAUCCUACGUGAAGCCUAUGUCCAACUUAGCCAUUUAUUGCUUUUUAUAUGUUAGAAGAAACAAAUUUUAUAACUUUAAAAGGAUAACAUAAAUACACAUGGAAUACUUUACGUCAACGCCUCUUGUUUAGGGUCGACUGCAAUACGUAACCUUUCCAUUUCUCCUUCGAAAAUUGACAUGGCAACUGACAAUAGAAAGUCGAGGCCACAUGAGUCUAUUGACAUGUCGAAUGUUCCUUAUCAACACUACUGCUGGCGUCAGUCCUUCCAACUUAGCAUGCAAUUACUUUAAUAUCAAAUCAUCUAAAAACUCCUUGUUUCUUGUUGAAAUUCAGAGUUCUUUAACAGCUGUAUUUGAGUCCGCGGUUGAAUUCCUUGUUCUAAAGGUCGUGAGUAAUGUUAAUAAAAAUCGUCUAAAGGAAUUUGAUAACAUCAAGUCGGCAAACAACUUGCAGAAGUCACGUAUCAUAAAGGAGUACGUUUUGUAAAUCACUGCAAGGUCUCAGAGAGUUGGAAAAGGGUAUUACCAGGCUCCUCGUAGACGUCCGAUCGGUCUGCUAAGCCGAGUAGACCACGUUACAUCAUCGUCAAAUUUACGUUUUACCGAUCGCGUCAGAAACACUUUCAAUUCAUAUUCGAGCAAGUACAAAGAGGAACGAAAUAUACAACAUAGUGUUCAUAAAUGAGGUGAGGAUAUUUCGGGAGUGUGAAUCGAUGGGUUAUUUAAAGCUUGGUUUCACACCCGCAAAGGUCUUAUCCAAAGUGCAUUGACGACGGACGACAUAGAGUCACACAGAACGAAUUUGUCAGAUUUGAGAUCUUGACAGUGUUGCAACCGUUUUCCCAACAACAGCCGUCUGUUCUGAUAGCGGGCUCAAAGUGACUAAACAUCGCCGAUGUUAGGCUUAAUUUUAUUUGAAGUUUUAUGCAUACAUUGCAUAAUGUUACCCAUGUAUAUUUAUGUCAAUAAAUACUACUAAUGGUAUUUAUUGUUGAACUGUUAUGCUGUCAUAGGUCAAGAACUUGCACAGGUGCGUAAAUCGAGGUGUAAGGAUUUAUUUCAUUUAAACCACUUGGUCAGUAAAGUGCCUACAUAAAUGUACUUAUACUCAACCACUACACGUUAACAUGACUGGCUAUCAUUAUUUGAAACAGUAUCUUUAAUGAACAAAGUACUUAUGGUCCUUGAAGUCUUCUUGAUAGUUUAGCAUUAAUAUAUUAAUAUAUAUUGCAUGUCUAUAAUCCUUAGUUAAUAGUAUUUGAAUACUCGAACAUCUGUUUUACUAUAAUUAAUAAUGUUCAAUUAAUAUAUGUGAAUUUAUUUUGGUUAGAAAUAAAAAAAAAUCUCAUUUAUUUUGAACAUAAUAUAAUAAUAUAAGAUAAUAUAAUAACCGAAUGAUAAUCUCAAACACAUUAUAAAUCAAAAACAUAUCUAUAUUGUUUAAUACAUUUAGAAUAUCAAAAACUAAUCACGCACGCGCAAAAACAAAACACACUCACAUGCACACACACACGCACGCACACACGCACACACAUACGCUCACCCACACUUCCCCUUCACUUAUUGAUGAUUUUACUAUAUGUGGUUGUGUUAAAAAAGGAAAAAAAAGAAUCUAUACUAUUUAUAUGCAUUUUGGUUCUGAAUACAAUCGGUAUCUUAAUUAUCUUAAAAUUAUUAUAAUUUUAAUACAUUCCAUUUGAGAGUGUGGUAAUCAUAUCUAUCGUUUUGUAUUGCGAUAUCUCCUUCAAUUUUUUGUCUGAGAGUUAAGUAUUGUAAAUAGGCAUUGAAUGAUGGGAUAGUGUUUCGGUAUUUCAUUGAGAAUAUAUAAAAUUUCAUUAAUAAAAUAAGGAAAUUACAUAUUGGUGUGUGUUUAAAUUUAAUAUGGAGACCGAAAAAUGUUAUUUCUUUCAUUAUAACGAUUUUUAUCGAUCGCUGUUUGAUAAAGUCAUUUAAGGCACUCCAUAGUUGUUUAACUUUCUGACAGUCCCAAAAUAAGUGAUCUAUUGUCUCGAUUUGUACGCUACAAAAAUCACAUAAGUUAGAAUUUUUUAUUCUACAUUUAUGCAAAUAUGUAUUUGUGGGUAUUAUUCUUAGUAAGAAUUUAUAUAGAAAACUUCGUAAUGAUGUAUCAUUCGAGCUUAUAUAGAUUGUAUUAUAUAUUUUUUUCCAUCCAAUAUUUUCUAUAUUCGGGAAUGUUAGUUGCCAUUUAGUAUCUGAUGAUGGCUUGAUUUUGUUUUUUAGUUGUGUCGAAUAUAGAAACUUAUUUGUUUGAUUCGAUUCCUUUAUUUUAUCUGUAAUUAUUUGGGGUCUGUUUUGAUUGAUCUUCUCGGAUUUAAUCUUCGUUUUCAAAUGAAUUGGGAUACAAUUAACCAGUGUCAACUAUUUUAAGAAAUCGUUUUUAUUUAUGUCGUAUAAGCUUUUUAUUUCUUCAAAACUGUAAAACUCAUUUACCCUGUAGUCGUAUAUGUGUUCGAAGAAUUGUAUGCCUUUUUGAUACCAUUCUUUAAAAUACAGUGUGUUGCCGUUUUGUUUUAUCUCUUUGUUAUUCAAAAUUAUUGUUUUACUUACAUUUAUUUUCAACUUCUCUUCAUAAAAUGUGUUUUUUAUUUUUAACCAGGAUUUUAGUACAUAAUUAAGGAAAGUUUCUUCUGGUGUUAUAUAAUUUAUAAUUGUUUGAUCAAAAUCUGAUUCUAGUAGUAGUUCAUGACCGUAGUUUUUUAGUUUUCUAUGAAAGAAUACUUUCCAGUCUCCAUUAUUUGACGGGUCUAUAUAUCUUUUUAUCCAUAAUGCUUUAAUUGAAUUCAAAAAUGAUUCUAUAUCUGUACGCUUAAGUCCACCGUGUUCAUAGUCUUGGUAAAGGAUAAUUCUUUUUUAUUUUAUUCGGUUUUCCAUCCCACAUAAAAUCAAAAAUGUAUUUUUUUUAUAUCAUUUAUCAUUUGUUUAGUUGGAUUAGCUAGUACAGUAAAUGGAUAAAUGAGCUUAGGUAGAGCAAACGUUUUAAUUACCGUAAGUUUUCCCAUCAGUGUCAGUUUUCUGUGUUGCCAUUGUUUUAAUACGUUUCUAAACUGUUGAAUUUUUGUAUCAAUAUUUCUUGUAAUAUUUGCAUUUCUAUCAUUUGUAAAUGUCAUUCCUAAAGUGGUAGCAUAAUCGGAUGUCCAUACAAUUUUUUUGGUAUUACAAAAUUGUAUAUGUGAGUUUUUAAAUGAUCCCACCCUCAUAAU